CUUAACGAAAUACAAAUGAACGGAAGGAAUAUGUUUCUAUUGUCUAUUAGAAUAAAUUUUAUAUUGAUAUUAUUUGCAACAUCACGAAUUACAAUUUUCUUCAUACAUUUUUCCGGGUUCAAUCGUUUAUUUCGACAAGAAAAAGAAAACAAAAAAACCAAACCGAAAGGAAAAGAAUUCGUUGUGCAACCGAAGAGCAACCAUUGGUAUUUAAACUUCACAAAAAACCAUGAGUUGAGUGAGCUUGUUUUCAAGCAAAUGUCAAGAGAACUGUCACUCGAGCCGAAUACAAUCAAUUUGAAACUCUACGAAUUGGUACUAUACCUAAACAAACAGAGUAGUGAAAUUGAACAAAACACGCGGAAAAUUAACGUUUGCAAAGGAAAAAAAAUCUCCAUAAUUUCCAUCAUGGUUGAGAAUGAAGAUGAUUGGCAAGUGCCACCGAUGCCAGAUCCAUUCAACGGUCAAAAACGUGACAAAGUUAUAUUGAAGAACAUCCCAAACGGUUUCAGCAGAGAUGGCUUGUUGAGCAUGUGUGGAUUGUAUGGCAAAGUUCAAUUUAUAAACCAACCACCAAAUGUACAAUUUGCCUUUGUUCAAUACGAAUCUGCGGAAGAAGCCAACAACAUUUUGCGACGUUUCAAAGAUGACAAUCCGACAUUGAACAUUGUCGUCGAAAUUGCCAGGGAAAGGGAAAGGGAACAAUUGCCAAACGUGAACAACGAUGAUUAUGAUUUUCUGCACAAACCAAUGCUGGUUGAAGAUAACACUCCAUUGCGAAAUGUGCUCGAAUUGAGUUCCAGAAAAAUCAAGGGACCAUUCGUAGAUCCAGUAGAAAUCACAAUCGAUUCAUUGGUUCAAGGAAAAGACUAUCGAAAUAGAUUUCUGCUGUUGGCUGAUCCAUCGAAAGACUUUCUAUGGGAUUCAAAUGCUGAAGCAAAUAUUGAAUUCGAAACGAACAACAACAGAACAAUUGUGCAUGGCCGCGCCAUUUUAAAAUCGAAUACAGUUAAGCCAACUGAGAACAAUGUGUCGCCUGCUGCGGACAAGAAAAUAUUCAGUUUCAAUUCCGACUUGUUGGCGUCGAUUUCAAAGUGUGCUAAUUGUCCACGAGCGGCUGACAAGAUGUGCAAAAAUUGCAACGAACCGCAGUGUUCGCUGGAAUGUCAUGCAGCCAAACAGAAACAAUUGAAUGAGGCGAAGCCAUCAAAUAAAAUCGAAAAUGAAAAGAUAAUGUCACCCAGAGCGUUCUUGUUGUCAUCAUCAUCAUCGGUUCCAGGUCGUAUUGAAGCCGAGCCAAUUUCCAAAUUGCAAACGGUCAAAAUAACGGCUGUUAUAAAUCAUCGUUUAGUGUUUGUUCGACCAGCGGAUGAUCAACAGGAGGCUGCAUUUGUACGACUCAUGUGUGACACUGUCAAGUAUGCUAGAGAUGCCAAAGCGUUCCAAAGUUUGCCCUCCGUUGGUUCUCUGGUGCUAGCCAAGUUCGAUUACUAUCAACGUGCCUUGGUGCUGAAACACGUUGACAAUACAAAAGUGGCCGUUGCUUUUAUUGAUUUUGGUAAUGUGGAAAUUCGUGAUUUCCAUGAAUUGAAAGCCAUGCCGGACGAAUUGAAGAAUCGAAAACGAUUCGCAACAAAGAUAAGACUGAACAAGAUUGAUGACGAUUUCAUGAAUGAAAAGGCACUCAAGUACUUGUACAAUAUAAUGGCACAUGCUCGCGAAUUGACAAUCAAAUUUGAUUCAAAUGACACGGUACCGAUGGCCGAAUUGAGAGCUUCGGACAAAUGGGUCAAUCAAAUGAUCAACUCACUCAACAUCGAAGAUAUCGAAGUGGCAUACAUCAAAGAUAUGUCAUAUCGGAUUUUCUUCGGGAAAGAAUUCAACCAACGGUGUGGACAAAAUUUGGAUCCCAAAGAAAUGUCCGGUGUAGAAGUGAUUAUUUUGGAUAAUUCAGAGAUUGGAUGGUCAUUCCUCACAUUCAUUAAGGCUGAUGAUUUUCAAAAAUUCCUCCAAAAUGAUCGACGAAUUCAAAACAUUUGCAAUUACCUAUUCAAAGCGGACGCGUGCUACACGCCAAAAAACGAAGAAUGUUGUGCCGUUAGACACAAAGGUCACUGGUAUCGUGCUUAUUGCCUUGAAGUUUGUUUCGAUGGUUUUGUGACGAUGCAUUUCCUUGACUAUGGAAACAUGCAAACGAUCGAAGUAAACGAUGUACGUGCAAUUCCGAAUGCACUUCUCUUUGAAUGCUUCGCCAUCGAAGCCAACUGCUUCUCAGAUCACGAAGACAUUACACCGGAACUAAUUGCCAAAUUCAAGGAUCAAUACCCUGAAAAAUCGCGCCACAAAAUCAAACGAAUGGAAAUAAACAAAAAAAUCGAUCAAUGGGGCAAUGACAAUUCAAGUUUGUGUGCAUGGUUUUGAAUUCGGUAUCAGAAAAUCAAAUCAAAAACUAUGUUAAUUCAAACAAACGAUAUUUUUUGUAUUCAUAUUCAUUGACAAAAGAAAAAUUAAACGGAUCGCGUUUGAUAACAAUGAAUACUUUACCAUUAACAAUUGUAUCGAAUAUUUUUUUAAAAAUUAAACAUAAAAAGUCCAUAUUUUUUUGAAAGAA